AUGGAGACAACUGAUAAAAAUUUUUCUAAAAAUUUAAUAUCAAUUGAAAAUUCUUCUUCUGAUACUGAACCAGUCGAUGAAUGGAAUUGUUUAAAUAUUAAUGAUAUUUCUAUAAUAAACCAAGAUAAUAAUAAUAUUGAGAAGUUUGAUGAUACUGUACAACCAAUAACAACAUUAUCAUCAAAAGAACCCUCAUCAAAUAUUAUUACAGUAUCAGGAAGUAAUGAACCAGAAAGGAGAAAGAAAAAACCAUACAAAGAGUUGACAUUAGAAGAAAAAGUUCAAUUAAUAAGAUUGGCAGAAGAGAAUAGCGGAUUGUCGCAGGCAAGUAUUGCUGAAAAAUAUACUAUAGCAAAAUCUAAUGUUUGUCGUAUAUUACAACGUAAACAUGAGUAUAUUCGGGCAUAUGAAUCUGCAGGUUUUGCUGGAUCAAGAAAAAGAAAACUUCGUGGUGAUAAUACAGAAAAUUUAUCAAUUAAUUCAUCCAAAGGAAAAACAUCAUUUUGUAAUAAUAUUAAUAGUGAUAAUGAAACAUCACUUAUACAAAGUAAUUUAUUGAAAGAUUUGGCAUUAAAAAAUUGUCUUUUUUCAAAUAACACAGGAAUUUUAAAACCUAUACCUAUUAAUCCUUUCACAAAUCACUUAAAAUCUUCUACAAAUCAAAAUAUUGAAUCUAAUAAUGAAACAUUAAGAGCUCAUAUGUAUAAACAACAUCAAAUAAGUAGAAUGUUCAUGUGUAAAUGUUGUAAUUGGGCAUUCCCUGACAAGACAUCACUUCAUAUGCAUCAACAGGCUAAAGAAGAGGGAAAAAAUGUUAAUGUUCCUGUAAUUGGUAAAGGAAAUACACCAUCAUUAUCAACAGCAGCAACAUCAUUACUUGGAUUAUCCACAAAUAAUGGUCAAUCUCUUCAAAAUACAAAUCCAUUUAAUUCACUUAAUAAUUUUGCUAAUCUUACAACAACUUUAAAUUUACACAAUACAUUAUCAUCAGAUAACAAUAAUGGAAAUAAUUUAUUACCACAUUUACAAAUAUUACAAAAUAAUGAAUUUAUAAAUAAAUUUAAAGAUGGAUUAUUAUUAAAUAAUAUGUUACCACAUAUAGGUAUACAAAAUUGGUUUGCAGCUGCUAUGUCUGCAGCAGCAACAACAAAUCAAUCCUCUAACCAAAAUAAUUUUAAUAUUUUAACUCAAGAUGGUAUAUUAAAUCAACCAUUAGAUUUAGAAAAAGCAUUACAAGGAUUGGAGGAAUGUAGUAAUAAUAGUAUUAGAAAAGAUAAUCAUAAAAUUGAUGAUAACAAUUUACAUAAAAAUGAUAAUAAUGAUGUUGAUUUACAUCUUCAUCAUCAUAGUGCUUCCUCCUCCUCAGCUAAAUCAUCACCUAGUCCAAUUUCUAUUGAAGCUGGUGGUACAGGAAGUUACUAUAAACAUGAUGAUCAUAGAACAUCUAAUGAUACUCCUUUAAAUAUAACAGCUGAUAAUUCUGAUCAUGUAAGACAAAAUGUUCAUAGUGGUGUAUCACCAUCUGAAACUAAUAGUAGUAUUUCACCAUCAACUGAUAAUGGAUCAAAUAACAAUUGUUAUGAUUGUUCAUUAUAUAAAAGUAAACUUGCCGUUGCAGAAAAUCGUUGCAGAUAUUUAGAAGAAAGUAUGAAUACCUUACAAAAUGAAUCUUUACGUUACAAUACAAGAGCAUCAAUAACAGAAUCGACUUGUCGUCAACUUGAAAUUGAUUCUCGAGUAAUUCGUGAGCAAAAUGAAAUACUUCGUCAAAAACUUGCUGAAUGUCAGGAUAAAAUUCUUUCGUUUAUGCAAACAACAGAUUUUCAAAAUCCAGUUUCAAUAACCAAUCUUCUUAAUGAGGUUAUCAAAGCUACAAUCAUUCAAUAG